CCUGACAAUCAGCGGAGCCUGUGUUCGGUCAGCCCAAAUAUCCCCGGUGACUCAGUCGGAUGUCUUCGAUGGAAGAGCGAAUGGAAUUAGGCGUCGCGGCCGCGCCAGGCUCCUCAUCAUCGGGUCUGGGUGUCGGUCCUGUGGGGGGCGCCCUGGACGCUGGCCCGGGGAGCGGACUGGCGGGUAUCCAGGAGGAGUCCGGUGUGCGGAGAGACGGUUCUGGUACCGAGGCCGACCCGGACGCGCCGCCCAAGAAACGCGUGAGGCAGCAGGAAGGAGAAGCAGGGAAGCUCGAGGAGCGCCUGUACUCGGUGCUGUGCUGCACGGUGUGUCUGGACCUGCCUAAAGCCUCGGUGUACCAGUGUACAAAUGGGCACCUGAUGUGCGCAGGCUGCUUCAUCCACCUGCUUGCUGACGCGCGUCUAAAAGAGGAGCAGGCCACAUGUCCCAACUGCCGCUGUGAGAUCAGUAAGAGUCUGUGUUGCAGGAACCUGGCGGUGGAGAAAGCCGUGAGUGAACUGCCCUCUGAGUGCAGCUACUGCCUCAAACAGUUCCCUCGCUCCAGCCUGGACCACCAUCAAACAGAGGAGUGCCAGGACAGAGUGACGCAGUGCAAGUACAAGCGGAUUGGCUGCCCGUGGCAGGGGCCGUUCCAUGAGCUCAGCGCUCAUGAGGCAGAGUGUUCCCACCCAUCUAAAACCGGCAUGGAGCUGAUGGGCAUCCUGGACGAGAUGGACCAGAGCCAUCGCAGAGAGCUACAGCUCUACAACAGCAUCUUCAGCCUGCUGUGCUUUGAGAAGAUCGGUUUUACAGAGGUGCAGUUCCGGCCGUACCGCACGGACGACUUCAUCACGCGACUGUACUAUGAGACGCCGCGCUUCACAGUGCUAAACCAGACCUGGGUGCUGAAGGCACGGAUCAACGACUCAGAGCGCAACCCCAACCUGUCCUGCAAACGCACGCUCUCCUUCCAGCUCAUCCUGAAGAGCAAAGUGAACUCUGCACUGGAGUGCUCCUUCCUGCUCCUGAAGGGCCCGUACGAUGAUGUGAAAAUCAAACCCGUCAUCCAGCACCACCACCACGUCUUCUCCAACGACACCAAUGAAACCGAGUACGCCCUGCUUCCCAUCAACGACAGCGUGGAGUGCAACAAGCUGCUGGCUGCCAAAAACAUCAACCUCCGCCUCUUCAUCUUUCAGAUCCAGAAAUAGAGGCACGAGACGAUGGGGAUGGAAGAAACGGAUCAGACGACAGUAGGAGGAAGAGGGGAUGGUGUGAACAAAGAAGCAGCAAAGAGGGGAGACGAGCACCACUGAACCACAGAUACCUCUACGGGAGCAAAAUAAGGAUGAAUACGACCCAUCAGUACUGCAGUAGAUCGUUUGUUUGUGUGUGAGUGUGUGUUGUUGCUGGUUAGCUUUCAGACCCUCUACGGCCAAAAAAAAGUCAAGUCUCACCAACACCCUGCUGAUGUCUCAUUGGCAGAGCGGGACAAGCCUGAAUGAACAACACCAAGAGUCUGGGACUGUAUUUGUGUGUUUUUUGGGCCUGUUUGUAUGGAUGUCAGUCAGUAAAGACCAACAAGAUAAAUGAUAUAAGGAUCAAGGCUGAGCGAGUGCUAGAGAUAGAGACCGGUGUAGUGCAACCAAUCAUUCAGGCAGUGUUCAACUCUGCAUUUGUGUGUUUUCACGCAGUUUUCAGACCUUCCUCUCAAGGCUUUCCCACACAGACGCUGCGGCGCAGCGGCCGCAACUGCUUUGUGUAUUUUUGUAUGUGAAGGUAGCCAUUUUCAUUGAAGCGCUGCAGUACAGUUAAGCUGAACAAAAUGGCUGCCGAACCCACAACCCGAAAAAUGCGAUUUGCAUGUUUUUAGUUUUUCAGUGUGCUCUCUGGAACGCACAGUUUUAGUUGUGUAGCAUCAUAGCCUUGUAAUCUAACUUAAGUUUGACCUUAACACAUUUAUUUAAGAACCUGUGAAUCUUGCCUUUCCCCCCCUCCAGUGAAUGGUUUUCCUUAUUAUCUUGUCCUGUUUAACCCCCCUGGUUUGUGAACACAGGUACAUUUCUCACUUCAUGAUGUCAUCGGGUUAUAGAUAUUUAUAUUUAUUGCUUUUAUUUAACCUGGAUUAAUUAAUGAGGUAACAGACAUUUCUAACUCACUCACUCACUGCAAGACUGGAAAGAUCUGAUUUUGAGCCAUUGUUACAGACUUCUUCCACCCUCAUCCACACACACACACACA